UUAACCGAUCUCGGCUGGAGCAUAGUUGGUUGCUCAUCUCAAAUUCAAAAUCACAAUGAUGUUAUCGGUACAAGUCACAGAAUCAUUGUUCGUGAAGUAUUUCCUGUUUCACAACCAGCAGUUGAACUCAAGCAACGAGUGCAUUUUGUAUGCAGAACUCAAGUAAAGGAAAUCAGUCCAACUGAUGUGACAAAAGCUUUGGAAUCCGAUUUCUCUGAACAUGCAACAGAUGACAAUCAAGUUUCACAGGAAGACAUUUUGUUCAUGUCAAAGGUUACCAAAGGCAUAAAACAGAAGAAAGAUGGUCACUACGAACUCCCGUUACCAUUCAAAACAGACGAUCCGAAUCUCCCAAAUAAUAAGCAAAGUGCUGAACACAGAUUGUCUUCAUUGGAACGUCGACUCAAAAAGGAUGAGAAAUACUAUAAAGAUUAUGUCAAGUUCAUGAAUGAUAUUAUAACCCGCGGAGAUGCAGAAAAGGUGCCAGAACAAGAACUGGACAACAAGACAACAUGGUACAUCCCACACCAUGGGGUUUACCACCCCCACAAACCUGAGAAAAUACGUGUGGUUUUUGAUUGUUCUGCACGCUUCCAAGGAACAUCUCUCAACGAUCAUCUUUUGACUGGACCGGAUCUUACCAAUACACUGGUCGGAGUGUUAUGCCGAUUCAGGAAGGGCCCCAUUGCCAUUAUGUGUGAUGUGGAAAGAAUGUUCCACCAAUUCCACGUCAUUAAGGAACAUCAAGAUUAUUUAAGGUUUCUUUGGUGGGACAAUGGUGAUUUGAACUCCGAACCUUCAGUUUACAGGAUGAAAGUGCAUCUUUUCGGAGCAGCCUCAUCUCCUGGAUGUUGUAAUUUCGGACUCAAACACAUUGCAUCAGAAGGAAGAAACAAGUUCAAUAAAGAGACUGUUCAGUUCAUCCAAAGAGGUUUUUACGUCGACGAUGGACUUGCUAGUGUAACAUCAAUAGCUAAAGCCAUACAGCUGGUCGAAGAGUCAAGGGAACUUUGCAAAACAGGCAACCUACAUUUGCAUAAGUUUGUGUCAAACAAUAAAGAAGUGCUUGCAACAAUUCCGCAAGAAGAACAAGCUGAAUC